AUGGCCUACCGCGGCUACGAUCCCGACAAGCACGUCCCGGAUCUUGCGGGCAGGGUCAUCCUCGUCACGGGCGGAACCGGCGGGCUCGGCAGGGAAGCCGUGCUCGAGCUCGCCAGGCACAACCCGGCUCGCAUCUACUUCACCGGGCGCAGCCGCCGAUGCGCCGAAUCCCUCGUCGCCAAGUGCUCGACGCCCGAAACGCUGGGCUCGCCCAGUCGCAUCACCUUUCUCGAGUGUGACCACGCCUCGCUCGACAGCAUCCGCGCGGCCGCCGACACAUUCACCGCCUCCUCGUCUCGUCUGGACAUUUUCAUCGCCAACGCGGGCAUCAUGGCGGUGGGGGCCGGGGUGACCAAGGACGGGUAUGAGGUGCAAUUUGGCACCAACCACGUCGGCAAUGCCGCUCUGGCGCUGCGUCUGCUUCCCGUCAUGGAGCGCACCGCCCAGCAGCCCGGCAGUGACGUGCGCUUCGUGGCGCUGACGUCGCUAGGGUACCGCGGCCAUCCCGGCGCCGGCAUCGAGUUCAACGGGCUUCGUGAUGCGGACCAGUUCCCCGUUUUGGGGCCCUGGGUGCGCUACGGCCAGUCCAAGUUGGCCAACAUCCUGUUUGCAAGGGAGCUCGGCAGGCGUUAUCCCAAGAUUAGCAGUAUCGCUGUGCAUCCGGGAGUUGUUGGGACUGAUCUGGUCAACAACUUGACGUUUUGGAACCGGCUGAUUGUGCGGGCUACCAACCCUCUGGGGUUGAUGACGCCUCGCCAGGGGUGCUUUAAUACGCUGUGGGCGGCGACGGGGAGUGACGUCGGCGACAAGAUGCGAGGUGGUGCAGGCACGAUUUGCAGCAAGAGCAAGGUUGCAUUCUUUGUGCCCGUCGGUGUUGCUGACGCGGGUGAUGCCAAGUGUUGGGAUGAUGAGCUGAUGGUCAAGCUGUGGGACUGGACUGUGAGCGAAGUCGGUGUCAAGGGGUGA